UUCUUUUGGGAUCCCCUGACAACCCGAACAGAUUGUUUUUAAUGAGCUGUUGCUGUGACUGGGGAAAUAUUAUGCAGCCAGCAGCACUGUCAGACCCUCUUCAGCCGAUGCGGUUCGCAGACCCCUCACCAGCAUGGACACCGUCUUCUUCAUCGGCCAAAUCAUCGGCGUGGGCUCCGUCUUCGUCCUCCUCUUCUUCGUCCUCGCCCAGCUGGUUUCCCACGUCGGCGGCGGGCUGGACGGCGUCGGCCGCGCCGUGCUGAUAACGGGCUGCGACAGCGGCUUCGGACACCAGCUGGCUCGGGCUCUGGACCAGAAGGGCUUCGUGGUGUUCGCUGGGUGUCUGUCUCCAGAGGGGACCGGGGCCCAGAGUCUGGCCCGGCAGAGCUCCAGGAACCUGAGAGUCCUCCAGCUGGACGUCACCAGGGACGAGGAGGUGCUGCAGGCCAAGAAGGUGGUCCACGACAACCUGCCAGACAAAGGUGAGGGAUUAGCACGCGGUUUCUCAGGUAUCAGGUGUAAUGUGGAGGAGUUCCUUCUCGGAUUAGUCGACGUGACAAACGAGUGUUUCUAUGUUUCAGGACGCAUGGUUUACACGUCGAGCAUCUUCGCCUUCUUCAACUGCCUGAACAUGGCGGCGUACAGCGUGUCCAAGAGAGGCCUGGAGGCGUUCGCAGACUGCCUGCGGGUCGAGAUGGCCAGUUUUGGUGUGAAGGUCAGCAUCAUCCAGCCGGGGAACUUCGGCCGAGCCACCAACAUCCUGAAGAUGAAGACCGCUUCGGACAUCUGGGAGAAACUAGACGGGGAACGCAAGCUCAUCUUCAACCGCCAGUACAUGGAGCUGGCCAACGAGUACUUCCUGUCCACGUGCAGUUCUGGUUUCAAGAACGCCGACAUGGUCAUCGACGCCAUGCUGCACGCCAUCACGUCGGCCCGGCCCAGGCGCAGAUACCUCCUGGUCUCGGCCAGGGACGCGGUCUUCUUCCGGCUCCUCCCCUUCCUCCCCGGCGCCCUCACCGACGCCGUCUUCUCUCUCAGCUCCGUCUACGCUAAGAGGAAAGAGAUGCUUUACGCUAAGAAAGAAAGACUCUAG